GCUACCGUGGCAGAAAGUGUGGAUGUUGGCUUCCUUCUCCAGCAUAUGUGACUAGUCCUACUACAGUUGAGCGACUGAUAGGGCGGCAAGGCGGCAGAAAAAAUCGGGGUUUAGAACCGCUGCGAAAUGGCUGGACAACAGUUUCAGUACGACGACAGUGGCAACACCUUUUUCUAUUUCCUCACGUCUUUUGUGGGACUAAUAGUCAUCCCAGCCACCUAUUACCUCUGGCCCCGGGAUCAGAAUGCGGAGCAAUUAAGGUUGAAGAGUUUACGACGAGUUCAUGGAAGAUGUCUGUGGUAUCGCCUUCGGCUUAUGAAAUCACAGCAGAGCAUUGUUCCAACACUAAAAAAAGCAGCCCUAUUGUUUGGGUGGGCAGUAUUUCUUUUCCUGGCCUAUAAGGUGUCUAAAUUAGAUCGAGAGUACCAGGAGUAUAACCCCUAUGAGGUCCUCCACCUGGAAGCAGGAGCAUCUAUUGCUGAGAUUAAGAAGCAGUACAGAGUACUGUCUCUGAAACACCAUCCUGAUAAAGGCGGAGAUGAGGCCAUGUUCAUGAAGCUUGCUAAAGCUUACUCAGCUUUAACUAAUGAGGAAUCACGGAAUAACUGGGAGAUAUAUGGCAACCCUGAUGGCCCAAGAGUGACGAGUUUUGGAAUCGCUCUUCCUGCAUGGAUUGUUGACCAGAAGAAUUCCAUGCUGGUGCUGCUGGUCUAUGGGUUGGCUUUUAUGGUUAUUCUUCCUGUGGUUGUGGGCACAUGGUGGUACCGCUCCAUCCGCUACAGUGGUGAUCAGAUCCUUAUCAACACCACACAGCUUUUCAUGCACUUUAUGUACAAAACGCCUACAAUGAACAUGAAACGAUUGGUGAUGGUGUUGACGGCAGCGUUUGAAUUUGAUCCUCGUAGUAACAAAGAGGCCAUUAUCAGACCAACAGACAACAUAGAAGUUCCCCAGUUGAUCCGGGAGCUGGGGAACAUUAAUGUGAAGAAGAAGGAGCCUCCGUUCUGCUAUCCCUAUAGCCUGAAGGCGCGAGUCUUAUUACUUACGCACCUUGCCAGGAUGGAUGUUUCUGAGAACAUAGAGGAGGAUCAAAGGUUUGUGGUGAAGAAGUGCCCUGCUUUACUACAGGAAAUUAUCAAUGUUGGCUGUCAACUUACUAUGAUGGCAACCAGUAGAGGAGGGCUUCGGGCUCCCAGGCUGACAUCUAUAGAGAACUGCAUGAAGUUGUCUCAGAUGGUGGUUCAAGGACUGCAGGAGGCCAAAUCUCCUCUGCUGCAGCUGCCCUAUUUUGAAGAGGAGCACCUCCGAUACUGUAUGUCUAAGAAGUAUAAGGUACGGACGUUGCAGGAUCUGGUCAGUCUGAAGGACUCUGACAGGAGAAAUAUGCUAAGAUUCCUUGGGGAGGAGAAGUAUGAGGAGGUCCUGGCAGUCCUCUGGAGCUUUCCCUAUAUCAACAUGGAAACCAAACUUCAAGUGUUGGAUGAUGAAGAUAGCAAUAACAUCACGGCAGGAUCCAUUGUCACAGUUACGGUCACCUUGACAAGGAAGAGAAUGUCUGAGAUGUUUGAGAAAGAGGAGGAUGCACCACUACCUGCUGAGGAAACUAAUGCAGAGGAGCAAAGAGAUACCAAAACAAACAAAACAAAAGUUUGGCAAAAUAAGAAUAAAGGAGCUAAAAAAGCUGCCAAGUCCAAAAAGAAGAAACUGACUAAGAAGAAACCAGUCACCCAACAGCAAGCAAAGGGAGACAAGGCCAAACAAGCCAAUGGCAAUGUGGCAGGAAAUGACGUUGCUGCUGCAUCAAAAGCAGAAGAGGACGAUCUCUCUGAUAAAGGCAGUGAAUCAGACGAGGCAGAGGGAAAUAAGGACUCGCCCAGCGAGAGAGAUGAGGAGAGUGACAAGCAGAGUGACACUGAGGUGGACGAGAUUGCUGGAGAUGACGAGGAGGAAUGGGAGGCACUACAACAGAGCAUUCAGCGUCGUGAAAGGGCACUAUUGGAGACCAAGUCUAAGGUCACACAUCCUGUCUACAGCUUGUACUUCCCUGAGGAGAAGCAGGAGUGGUGGUGGCUCUACAUCGCAGAUAGGAAGGAACAGACGCUGGUGUCUAUGCCCAGCCACGUGUGCACACUCAAAGACACAGAGGAGGUUGAACUGAAAUUCCCCGCUCCAUCCAAAACCGGAAACUAUCAAUAUUCUGUGAUUCUCAGAUCAGAUUCAUUCAUGGGAUUAGAUCAGAACAAGCCACUCAAGCUGGAGGUUCAUGAGGCGAAGGCCAUGAUGGAUAACCACCCUCAGUGGGAUAUCCCAGAAACCGAGGAAGAGGAGGAUGACCAGGAGGACAGUGAUGGCAUUGAGGAAUCCGAGGAAGACGAAGAAGACAACGACUAAAGCAGUCAUUUCAUGCAGACUUGAGCACAGCUCAUACACCCAUGUGCCCACUCAUGCACACACACACACACACACACACACACACACACACGCUCCUACACAGCCACAAAGCCCCAGACCAUUGCCGUCUUCUGGGCCGCCACAUACCCGAGGCAAACAGGAGGCAAGGACGUUGACGCCCCAUGUUCCUGUUCAAAACACUCAUGAGUCACAAAUCUGUCCUUUUAGUUCGCCAAUCAAAAUAAGACUUAAGGAACUGUUGGUUAUCUUUCCCUGCGUUCAUCCAGUCGUUAUCGGUGGGCUGUCACAGUGGUUAUUUGUGGGGUCCAGCUGUGUUUCAGAUUCCUCUCCACUUGACGAAAAAGAUAUCUGACCAACCAAUGCGUGGGAAAAAUAAAAACCAGUGUACCACUGAAAAAUCACACACCUCAUGACUGUCAUUUUUCAGUGUCACUGUUUAUGCUUCAA